UAAUUCAGUUCUAUAUGUUCUGUUGGUUGUAUUUUAUCCCAACGUUUAUGUAGUGUUAAAAAAACUGAAACAGAAAGUGCUUCUGACCCUGUGUUGUUUACAUCUUGCAAAAUGGUCAUACCAGUGGUUCUUAACGUUAUUCCUGGAAGCCCACUGCUCUGCACAUUUUUUAUGUCUCCCUUAUUAAACACACCUGAUUCAAAUCAUCAGCUAAUUAGAAGAGAUCUCCAUGAACUGAACUGUCUGUCAAAUAAAAGAGAUAUACAAAAUGUGCAGAGCACAUGGUCGACUCAAUCACUGUGAGGUGCCCAGGUCAUGUGCCUAUAGACCCUUUUACUGUUUGUACACAAUGAUGACGUGGCAACGUAUGCGCGCACAUUUUGGCAACGGAAGUAUGGCAAGAAUCAGCACUGAAGCAACACAGACAGAGAAAGUUAUUUUAAAACAUUGACUUAUCAACUUUUUUAACACAGCUACCUGAUCCGUAUACUAUAGUGGAGUGGAUAGAAGAUGUUAGCAGAUGGCCAAAUAUAAAGUGGCCAGAUACAUAUAUACGUAGCCUAUAUUAGUUAUUAUAUUAGUGCAACCAAACGCAACAACCAGACAUUUUGAUGCUGGGAAACCAUUUUGAUAAACUUUCUGAGUUGCUAACACGUUAGAACCAAUGGGGAACAAUACCACUUUCGUCGCCAAAAUGCACGCGCAGGCUAUUUGAUCACGUGAGCUGGAAAAGGGUUUAUUGCCCUGCUGACAAAAACAGCAUACCAGCAAGACCAGCAUAGCCUAUGUUGUGUUUUGGUGCUGGUUUGCUAGUGAACACCAGCUAAACCAGCAUCCAACCAGCACCAGCAUUAGCACCAGCUAAACCAGCAUUAAACCAGCAUUAGCACCAGCUAAACCAGCAUUAGCAUACCAGCAUAUGUUGUGUUUUGGUGCUGGUAUGCUGGUGACCACCAGCUAAACCAGCAUAGACCAGCAUAAUUCCCAUGCUGGUCCAUGCUGGUUUGAUUCUGUUUUUUUCAGCAGGGUGAACAAGCAUGUGUUGCAUUUGUUGUGAGGUGUUUGUUCACAUGCAGCUUUGCAAACGUUAGCCAUGCUGUCAAGUUUUUUUCCAGUAGAGGAUUUCCCCUGGCAAUCCUUAAUCACAGGCAUUUGAUUAGCAGAGCCUGAAUACUACUGUCAGACUCUUAAUUCAUCUUUUAACAGUGUCAUAACUUGUCUCAUGUCUUUUUUCCCUUGGUUUAUUUUUGUUAAAUAAAUAAUGACAUGGUGUGAUAUGUCAAGUGUUGUUAUCCAUCUGGUUUUCAUUCUAAAACGCUUUACAUGGCUUAAUGUAGGCUUAAAUGCCUGCAUAGGCAUGUCUGUAUAGUAUGCUUUAUUAACAAGGUGUAGGCUAGACUAUACUGAAUCUUUAAAUGCCAGUCUUAAUGCAUUAAUUGGCACAUUAAGUGUGUUAAGCACAAUGCAUCAUAUUAGGCCUGAUCUGUUUGUCAAUAUAGAAGGCUGCUUUAUUAAUAAUGUUACAGAUUAGUCUUUCAAUAUCAUGGUCUUGAUGCAUUAAGCAUUUUCUUUAUUUUAAGAGUAGUUCACAUUCAAAUAGCCUGCAAAAAUACAUCAUCCCUGCAGCACUCUAUGCCCAUUUCAGUUUUAAAAUAAAGUAUUAUCAUGGUUUGAGAGUAAUGUGUGGGAGAAACAAUUAGACAAAAGAUAACUUUAAAUUGACUUUUUUACAUUAAUCUGUUCAUUUUUAAUUUUGAUUUAUAAAGAUGCAAAAUGUAAUUAAAUCUAAAAAAUAAGUCAAUAUUUCAUUUUUUUUUUUCAAAACCUCUGAUAAUAUCAGAAGGGCUUAUAAGCCUAAUGGAAAUUUCCUGAACUGUGUGUUCACCUGACAUAUCAAGUCCCCAUCACAACCACCCCACCCCCUGCGAUAGCCAAUAGGGGAUGACAACAGCACCCCUCCCCCAUUCACUCUCAUGCAGUCACGCAGGUGCGACCUCCAUUUUAGUUUAAUUUUGAUCAGAACUUGGAAAGACGAAACAUCUCCCCGGAAUAUUUCUUUUUGAUGGGAGCAUCAUGGACAAAAAAAGCCCAAAUAAAGUCAACAAAAGGAUCAGCAGGUUUGAACGUCGCAUCACAAGACUGAGAAAGCAUCAUGGUGAAUGUGCCAGGAGACAAUCAGCUAGAGAAAAGGCAAUGGAAACAUCAAGUGUUGGCACCAUCAUGCCUCACCAGGACCCAGAUGACCAGGUCCCAUCUCCCCUCCAGCAGGACAUACUUGACUUAAAGUUGAUGUGUAGAAAACGAUCCUUGCUGGAUUCAAAGGGAAAUAUGGACAGUUCAAUACCUUCAGAUGUUACCAAGCCGUUUGGCAAAAAGUCACUGUCUACAAAGAAAUCUGCGGACACAGACAGUGAUGCAGAUACAGAAAUCCUAGAGUUGCCCAGUUCUUCUGUAUCACCAGGAGCCUGUGAUGUCCCAGACCUAAAGAGGACUGACAGUGUAUUUCUUACCAAGAAAUCAUUAGGGAUCAGUUCCACUUCAGAUGACUCAAUUAGCAGCAUUGACAACAGUGAAGACGAGUAUGUGCCUGAAUCAGAGAGCAGUUGUGAAGAAUCUGAAGACAGCCUUCCACAGCCUUUGUCCAGUCCCUCAUCUACCAAUGUGCCAUUAGGUGACAAUGUUGAUUCUUCCUCAUCUUCCAUGAAUGCAGACAAGGAAUGUUCCCCACUUGAAGUUAAGGAGACAAUGACUCAUUCAGAUAAUGACUGCAGUAGUGAGGUUUCUGUAAUGAAACUGAAAAAGACUGCAUAUGGCCAAAGAAUGUACAACAAAAAGCAUUAUUGCUUUUAUUGUUACAAACCAUUCUGCAAAAUGGCAAGACACUUGGCCCAAGUUCAUAAAAAUGAGGUCGAUGUAGCAAAAGCUCUUUCUUAUCCAAAGGGGUCUAAAGAAAGGAAGAUUAAUUUGGAUCUUUUGAGGAAUAAAGGGAACCGUGUACACAACACAAAUGUUCUAAAAGCUGGCAAAGGAGUGUUGGUGCCACGUCAACAAUCCACUGCUAAAUACGUGAAUUUUAAGGACUACUUGCACUGUUUGAAUUGCCAAGGGCUGUUCAGGCGAAAAGCACUUUGGAGGCAUAUGUCAAGGUGUAACCUAGCCAAGAAGUGCCAGGUCACAAAACCAGGUAGAUCCAGAGUUCAAGCACUCUGUGCUUAUGCAGAGCCUGUUCCUGAAGGAGUAACAAAAAAAUUAUGGAAACUGAUCAGUGACAUGAAGCAAGAUGAAGUAACGCACGUGGUUAAAAGUGAUGCAUGCAUCAUCAAGUUUGGAGAACACUUGUGCAACAAAAUGGGGAACGACAAAACCAAGCAUGAAUACAUCAGAACUAAAAUGCGUGAGGCUGGAAGGCUGUUGGUAUCUGCUAGAAAAGUUGGAAAACUGCAGAGUAUUAAAGACUUUUUCAUACCCAAAAACUUCUAUGAUGUUAUUAAGGCCGUUAAAGAUACAGCGGGAUACCGAGAAGAAGAUGAGGUCUUUGCAAUUCCGUCUUUGGCGUUAAAACUGGGGCACAACCUAAAAAAAAUGGCAGAUAUUGCAGAAUGUGAAGCAAUGAUUGCAGGAGAUGAAAACAUUGUCCAAAAGGUAAAAAUGUUUAAGAAAAUGUAUACCACAAAAUGGAAUGAAUUGGUGUCAGCCUCAGCCUUGAAGACACUUAAUGAAGCAAAAUGGAACACUCCAGAGCUUCUUCCUUUUACUGAGGAUGUUAAGAAAAUGCACAUCCAUCUCAGCAAGCAAACUAAACUGUACCAAGAAAAGCUAAAACUUGAGAAAAGUCAAAAGAACUGGUCAAAUCUUGCUCAAGUGACUCUGUGUGAUGUAAUGGUGUUUAAUCGCAGGAGAGCAGGAGAAGUUUCGAAAAUGAAGUUGAAUUCAUAUCUUCUCCGAAACACAUCUGUUUUGCAUUCUGAUGUCGCGGUUGCUUUAUCUAAAGUUGAGCAGAAGCUCUGUCAGCAUUUCCAACGUGUUGAAAUUAGAGGCAAGCGAGACAGAAAGGUGCCAAUACUCCUGACCCCAAGUAUGCUGGACUCCAUGGAGCUACUUGUAAAGAAUCGUCAAGCAUGUGGUGUACAUGAUGAAAAUCUUUUUUUUUUCGCAAAACCCAUGACUGAGACAUCAUACUACAAAGGCACGGAUUGCAUCAGGAAGGUUGCCUACCAGUGUGGAGCUGAACGUCCAAAGACUCUAAAAACCACAAAGCUAUACUGA